GAAUGGGACUCCGAGUGCCUUACAUCCCUGCAGCCUCUUCCUCUUCCUACACCCCCAGCAGCAAAUGAGGCACACCUGCAGACAGCAGCCAUCUCCCUGUGGACAGUGGUGGCGGCUGUGCAGGCUAUAGAGAGGAAGGUGGAGGUCCACAGCCGGCGACUGCUACACCUAGAAGGCCGGACAGGGACAGCAGAGAAGAAGCUAGCCAGCUGUGAAAAGACAGUGACCGAACUUGGGAACCAGCUGGAGGGCAAGUGGGCCGUGCUGGGGACCCUGCUGCAGGAGUAUGGGCUGCUGCAGAGGCGGCUGGAAAACUUGGAGAACCUGCUGCGCAACAGGAACUUCUGGAUCUUGCGGCUCCCUCCUGGUAUUAAAGGAGAUAUCCCAAAGGUGCCUGUGGCAUUUGAUGAUGUCUCCAUCUACUUUUCCACUCCAGAGUGGGAAAAAUUAGAAGAAUGGCAAAAGGAACUUUACAAGAAUAUCAUGAAGGGCAACUACGAGUCUCUCAUCUCCAUGGAUUAUGCCAUGAAUCAACCUGAUGUCUUAUCUCAGAUUCAGCGAGAAGGAGAACAUAAUACAGAGAACCAGGCAGCACCACAGGAAAGUGAGAUUUCUACAGAUCCCAGUGAAGAGCCUGGUAUUUCAACAUCAGAUAUUCUGUCUUGGAUUAAACAAGAGGAAGAGCCUCAAGUUGGGGUCCCACAGGAGUCCAAGGAGAGUGAUAUAUACAAAAGCACCUAUGCUGAUGAAGAGCUUGUCAUCAAAGCUGAAGGCCUUGCUAGAGCCUCAUUGUGUCCCGAGGUUCCAGUCACCUUCUCAUCUCCAACAGCAGCAGCAGCAGCAGCAGCAAAGAACACUUUUUCAGAUGUGGCUUUCAAGAGCCAGCAGUCUGCAUCCAUGACACCUUUUGGACGUCCAGCCACUGACCUGCCUGAAGCCUCUGAGGGACAAGUGACUCUUACUCAAUUGGGUAGCUACCCACUUCCACCUCCAGUUGGGGAGCAAGUGUUCUCAUGCCACCACUGUGGCAAGAGUCUCAGCCAAGACGUGUUGCUUACCCACCAAUGUAGCCACACAGGUGAACACCCCAUACCCUGUACCCAGUGUCCUAAGCACUUUCCUCCACAGGCCAACCUCAGCAGCACCUCCCAGGACCAUGCCAGUGAGACACCCCCCACCUGCCCCCACUGUGCCAGGACUUUUACUCACCCGUCAAGACUCACCUACCAUCUGCGGGUUCAUAACAGCACUGAGCGCCCUUUCCCCUGUCCUGACUGUCCCAAGCGCUUUGCCGACCAGGCUCGACUCACCAGUCACCGGCGAGCUCAUGCAAGCGAGAGGCCCUUCCGCUGUUCCCAGUGCGGCAGGAGCUUCAGCCUGAAGAUCAGCCUCCUGCUCCACCAGCGGGGGCAUGCGCAGGAGCGGCCUUUCUCCUGCCCUCAGUGUGGCAUCGACUUCAACGGCCACUCAGCCCUCAUCCGCCACCAGAUGAUCCACACAGGCGAGCGUCCUUACCCAUGCACGGACUGCAGUAAGAGCUUCAUGCGCAAGGAGCACCUGCUGAACCACCGGCGGCUGCACACGGGUGAGCGGCCCUUCAGCUGCCCACACUGUGGCAAGAGCUUCAUCCGCAAGCACCACCUCAUGAAACACCAGCGCAUCCAUACCGGGGAGCGGCCCUACCCCUGCUCUUUCUGCGGCAGAAGCUUCCGCUACAAACAGACGCUCAAGGACCACCUGCGUUCGGGCCACAGUGGAGGCUGUGGAGGUGAUAGUGACCCAUCCAGACAGCCACCUGACCCACCAGGCCCCCUCUUAACUGGGCUCGAAACUUCUGGUUUAGGUGUUAACACUGAAGGUCUAGAGAACAACCAGUGGUAUGGGGAAGGGAGUGGAGGGGGAGUUUUGUAAAUCUCUGGCCUCAUAUCUAUCUGUACCUACAGCAGGGCAGAACAUCCAAGAGAGCCCACGAGCCCCUCUGCCCCCCAGUAAUUACUGUGUGGCACGUCAAUUCGGGGUCCUAUGCACUUGACCAAAGACAUGCUUGUGUUUCAGAACUUAAUGACAUUACAAGAAUACCACAUUUUGAAACCCAGAAAGAACUGGAAAGGAGCCCAGCAUCCCCAUCUUUUCGAUGGUACUACAAAAGCACAGGUUAUAUAUUGCAGAGAGGUUGGAAAGCAAGAUUUGACCUUCAGUUAUCCUGUUAUCACAGGAUAAUGGAUUGUUUAUAGAUUGUGUCUCUAGGUAGAGACGGGUACAUGGGAAGAGUCUCCAAAGCUUGAAGCCCAUCAUGAGGCAUGAGAAUGUUUAACUAAAGCCUUUCAUUAAUUCUUUGAUAGGUAAGAUGGUUGUUGAAAGUGCUUACGCCACUGUUUACGUUACUGCCGCCUCUUUCGAAUCCGGCUAAGGUCUGUUCACAUGCUUAUGUAGCUGCCUUUCCCUGAAACAUGAUAACUUAAGACUGCCUUCCUUGGUUUCCUAGAUUGAUUCUUCUAAUACAUUUUGUUUAAUAUUGGGUGAAUAAGAAAUCUG